GAGUCGCAGUUGGAUCAGCCGGCGACUGCAAAUUGCCCGAUUUGUAUGGAGCCUUGGACCUCUGAAGGUCCUCAUCGAGUCUGUUGUAUUCCUUGCGGACACGUGUAUGGUAAAUGCUGCUUAGAGAAAUGGCUACGGCGAUGUCGAAAGAGUGAUGGAAAGUGUCCACAAUGUAAUAGAAAGUUUAAGCAAAAGGAGAUUAUUAACUUAUAUGCACCUCUGGUUGUGGUUCCACAUGAUGAUAAAGAGAAGGAACUGCUAUCUUUAUGCGAAAAAAAUGAAAUCCUUAAGUUGGAGAACUCCAGGUUGCAAGAGGAAAUAAAGAAAUAUAAGAUGCAUUCUGUGAACUGUCCGAGCUCUGGGAGACAGAAAAUGCUACGGUUAGAGCCUGCAUCGUCAGGAGGGUCCCAGAGAAGGCUAUGUGCAUAUCCUGAUGAGAGAUUGAACUCUUCAGCACAAUUCUUGUCUGAGAACAGGUUUGUCUCCCAGGACUUUCGUCAAAAUGAAUCUCGUUGCUGCAACUUUGUUUUACAGAAGGAGUUCAGGUUAGAUGGUGCCCGAGUUAUUGGAAUAGAUGCAUCCAGUCAGAUUUUAAUAAUAGCAGGAAAGGCACCCGGAUUUAUUGGAGAGCAUGUUCUUAGCAAGAUUAGUUUAUUAGGUCCAAAUCCAAUUGAAAUAGAUAAAGUUCAGCUUCCUUCCAACACCGGGGUUAUUAGAGAUAUGUGUAUCCUUCCCAGUGGACAUGUACUUCUCGCGUCACUUGGGAAGAGAUUAUCACUUGUUAGUAUGGCAAGCAACAACUGUGUACUCAAAUAUGACUUACCGGGUCCUGCCUGGUCAUGUUCUGGAGGUGUCCAUAAUCCAUAUCAUAUUUAUGCUGGAUUGCAGAGCGGCAUGCUUCUGGUGUUUGAUUUACGCCAAACUUCAGGACAUUUGUACUCGAUGGAUGGUUUGUCUAGGCAUCCUAUACACACUAUCCAUUCAGUUUUGCACAUGAACAGUACAAGACAACUCAUUACUGCUUCUUCUGCUGGACCAUGUGUUUGGGAUAUUGGUGGUAGUGGGGAAAGACCCUUCUUAAUACCAGAAACUGACAAAUAUGGUGUAUGCAUAUCACUUGCUUGCAGCAGUUCAAGUGAUGAUUUAGUAGCCUCUUUUCGUCCUAAAGUUGAUUUCUCUAGUGAUAUCAUUUCUUCACAGAGUCCAAUAUCACCUUCACCAACACUUUCUACAUCAGGGAAGUUAGGUUCUCAUGUCCUCAUAAAGAGGAUAAAUGGUGCAUCAUUCGAGACUUAUUCAAUGGGAACUGGUAAUGUAAGCGAGGUUAGAAUGUCGAAAUCUGCAAUUAUAUCCACUGACGGCAAUGCCCCAUUGUUCGCUUGUGGGGAUGAAUUAUCACGCAGAGUAUGUUUAUGGAACUUGCCACAAUUUCAAGUGCACAACUAUCUCAGGCCACAUCCACAGCCCAUUCUGGAUUUGAAGUACGCAAGAGGCACUGGUCCUGGUUUUCUUGGCUGUAUAAGUGAGGACAUGUGUCAAGUUUUCACUUGUUUCUAAUUCCUUUGACAAUUGCAUAAAUCAUGCUCAGUUUUCUUUGGAAUUCAACAUCCUUUCAAGUGCACAAUCUUCUUGUGCCACAUCUGAAGUUCACAUUGAUUUUGGAGUAAACUCAUCCUUCAAAUGCACUCAGCCAUAUAGGCAACUCAUACGUGUAUUGGUGUACGUGCAUGCCGCUGGCCCAGUUUCCUAGGCUUAUCUGGAGAUGCAAAUUCUUCACACUGUUUGAUAUGUAAUACCAUUCUGAUCCCUGAAGAAUGGACAAAGGGCUCCCAGUAGUAGGCUUCUCUGCUUCAUGAAGGUACAUAACUUGUUGUAUACUAUUUCUCUCUUCUAAGUUUAAAGUAGAUCUAUAGCACAAUGCUAAUUACUGCUUAAUGCAAUUUGUUCUGUGAGUGCCCAGUGAUACUAUUUUUCUCUUGUAUCCGUCUUCCUCAUGGAACUCGAGUAUGUAUUUGUUGCUUGAAAUGCCCACAUUGUACUUCUCUUGUAAAACGUUGAAGUCUUCUCACAGGUUGAUGUGAAAUAAUUUACAUAUAUGCCAAACCGAGUCAUGAUUUUUCAUUC